AUGCCUCAACAAUCUCCUGAACUAAAAUCCUUGAUCAAGGUAGCAACUCAUUUAUAUCAAAAUGUCCCUUCGAAGCCUGAUCUGACAAAUCAACUCAAAUCUCAACUAUCUGAUCAUUUUGGAAUUCAAUUGGAGGACCCUAAGCAGGCUCAAGGCUUGAAAUUAGUCAUCCUACUUUUCAUUCGAUACAAGACGUUCAGAGAUAGUCUUCCUUCUCUAGUGAACUCGAUCUUCAGUCAUGAAGAGUUACGGGAUGUAUCCGUUUUUCAUCAUAGCGACGCAAACAAAUCGCCUCUUUUCUCAUCAUCGUAUCUCGCUUCAUUCGAUGACAUGAAUCAGCUUCAAAGUGAUAUGAAAGGAUUAGUUUGUUUCAGUGCUUUACGUUGCUUGACUUCCAUCGAUGAACAUUUACGAACGCUUUGUGUCAACGAAGUCGAAGAAAAGGGCGAGCCGAUCCCUAUCUUCGGAUCAAAGGACUCACAGACAAUUCAUGGAUUGGGUGAUAUGCUAUCGAACUGGGGGAUCUACCAUUUACUGGCGAUGGAGAGAAACCCAUUGGCUUAUUGCAUUGGUCAACCGAGAUCAGAGAUGAUCCAAGCUGAACCGAAACCCGCCAGCAGUCUAUUGUCUAUCAUCAGGCAACUUGUAGCUAUUGUACUCCCCAAUGAUUCAAAAUCUUCAGAUUUAUUGUCAGAUGUCGGACCAUCUGACCGUUCAAUACCAGGGCAACUCACGAACGUGCUCGAUCCAAGAUUCUCUCUACAAAGGAUGCUUUUACCAUGCAUGUUUGUCCCUUUAGUUGCUGGACUAAUCAAGCACAAGCUGGACCCGAUGUCUUGCGUGAGCGAGUGGGCAGAACGCAACCUUGAAAACUUACUUGAUCAAGCCUAUCCCCAAAAAGUCUUCGCUUGUCUACUUUCACUUUCUUCGUGUCCAUCUCGAAAAUCAAUUCCAACUCGAUCAGCCAUCGAAUUCCGUAGGGAGGUCUCGAAAAUCUUAUCAAGUCGAUUACUAGAACCUUCAGGAGUUAGAGGAUUUCUACAAGCUGUGAUGGUCGACGAUUAUGAAGAAGACGAUGAUACUGGAUCUUCUAUGCCUUCAGAAAAUAAAUCAACUAUCAAACCACAUUCAACCUUUCAUAGUACCUCCGCAACCUUAAACAGAUUAAAUUCAAUCGCGCAUAUCUUGUGUAACCCUCCCCAAAGCUCGGAUCCGGUUAAAUACCUCAACCAUCUUGUUAGUAGUUUAUUACAAGUCAUCUCACCUGAUUUUCUAUUCUAUCAAUCAAACGGAGCCCUCGAAAAUCCACAUUCAAGCAAGUCGUCCGACUUCAAAAACAAUCACCCAAGGCCGAGCGGGGUUACUAAGGCCGCAUGUCACGUUUUGAGCCAGAUCAUAGUGAAGCAGCCGAAUUUCUUCAGGUCACAUCUUGGACCAAUGCUACAUUCAGUUUUCAUUCCAUUUCAAGCUCGCCAACACACCCAUCCUGCCCACAGUUCAAACUCUGAUGAGUGCUCAGACGAUGAUUUUGAUCCAAUAGCAGUUACGGCAAACCAGAUAUCUCAAUCCAUUAACCUCUUGACAACAUUGGUAUUGAAUUCAAAUCCGUCUGAUGUCUUGAUCAGCGCCUUGAUCCUUCCGAUUUUGCCUCAAAUAUUGUCUUUGUGGCUAUAUCUAUGCCAAUCGCGAUCGGAGCCACAACUACGCGAGGAGAUUAAUGACUUGGUGUCCGUCUGGGUGAAAAUGUGUCCUAUACAGUACGUUGGGGAGACUAUCAAGCGAUGUAUCAGGGAGUUGGAGAUCGGUAGGGAACUCAACUUGACUCAUGUUGAAGGUCGAGGUGGUUGGAGGUAUUGGUCGCGUGAUGCUGAAGGACAAAGUUGUAUAAGGAUCACAAGGGACGCAGAUGCGAUCGGCACAUCUGAAGAUCUGUCCACCAUCAAACCAGAUCCAGAUUACCUCAUUGAUUGGCUCGCAGGUCUCAAAAAUGACAAACUGAACAGUAACAUGUUGGUAAACUGGCUUGAUGAAUUAGAGUCUUUGCGACACAGAGAAGGAUUAGCAGAAGCAAAGAUGACCUUAUUUCGAAUGCAAAUGGUACUGAAGAUGAUUGAGAAGCUGGACAGUUCGGUCGUUCAGGAACCUGUUCAGAUAUUGGAAUUUGUCAAGCAUUCUUUCUCCAGCUUGAGUGAAACACAUAGUCAUGGAACUUCAUUCACAACGAUCUCUUCUCGCAAUGAAAUACCGGAUAAGUGUCCUACAGACGAUGCCAGUAAUAUCUCAACUUCCCUCAACUUCUUGAAAAUGGGAGAAAAUGAAACAUUGGAUAUUUUAGAGAAGGAAGAUACGGAAGAUGCAGAGGAGGCUGACAACAGCUUGAUAUUGACGGGUCUUACUUUACUAUUGACAGUUCUUGAAGCAAAUCCAAGUCUGGACGAACGAUCGGCUGCCUCGCUGAAGGUGAUCUCUGAAAAGCUUGACUACAUAAUUCUCCGAUGCUCAAACGUCCGACCAGAAGUCAAUGAACUAUCAUUGAAGUGUAGAAUUAUGCUUUCAGUAAGGAAUGCACUUGCUCAAGUAGAUCAAUCAAUAGAUACUACACACAACUCGGUAGACCAAUCCUCUGAUCAUCAUCAAACACGAAGAACAAUAUUGAGUACCUACGAAGAAGGAUUGAAGCUUGUUGAAGAUCCUUGUUUACCAAUUCGCGCUCAGGGUAUCACAAUCCUCAAGAAACUAUUUAGCGGAUAUACCAAAACUAUUGAGAACACCAAGCUGAUGAGUGAACUAGUACCCAAUGUUCUGGAUGUUUUAUUGAAGUUGAUCGAAGAAGAAGAUAGUUUCAUAUAUCUCAACGCGAUUAAGGCCAUCAGUGAACUUGCUGAACAAUUCAGUCACUUGAUCUGUUUGAAGCUAAACAAACUUUAUGCAUUCAAUGAGCUCUUUCAAACUAUCAAAAAAGAUUCACAAUUUACUGAAGAUGAACAACCAAACAAAGAGCUUGAUAAGCGCUUACGGAUUGGUGAAGCGAUGGUUCAGAUCGUUCAAAGGGCUGGUCAGGCACUUCCGAACUAUCAAACUUCGAUCAUUGCCAUGUUACCUUACCUUUCAGACUUGAUGGAUAGCUGUUUGAUCAUCCUAUCUCUCGAAUCUCGUCCUACAUUGGCUUCAUCCACCGCAAAAUCUGCUAUGGAUGGCGUCGACUCAGAAAAGCAGGAGAUCACGAAGACCACUUUACCAGAACUAAUCGAGACACCAGAUAGUGAAAAUCAAUCUAAAAGCACUGAUCCCAAGCGACGUGUACCAGAAGAAACGAUACUUCCUGUUUCGAAAGAUUCUGGACAUCCUGCACUUCGUAGAUCAGCCAUUAUGUUCCUUUUAAUUACUUUAUCUCUUAAUGUUGAUCAACUUGAUCGACUUUGGAGACAGGAAUAUUUGACCAAGACAAUUAGAGUACUUGAAUAUGUUAAAUUAGUUGAUCCUGAUGGUUUAGUACAGCAUCAGGCUAAUGCAGCUGUAGAAAAUUUGACAGAUAUGGGUUAG